GUCCGUUGCCACACCGGGGCCGCGCCGGCGCAACCUCGCUGCCCGACAUUGGGCGAGUUUCGACACAACUUCGAUCUAUCGCACUAUCGAAACCGAUUUCGCUAACAUUGAGCCCCAGGCUCGCGCUCGUGCUGCCGUCGGCGCGGGCGCAGACUGACCGAUGUAAACAAACAGACGGCGUGACGUCACACGCGUGCGCGUCCGUCGCGCGACUCCGCCGGCUUCCUCGUCCAAGUGGGUCACUCGAGUCACUCGACUCACUCGACUCACUCGACUCGUUAUGUCCCAACAAAGUUAGCAACGUUGAGAACGAGCAGGCAGUGUGGUGUCAGUCGCAGUCAGCACGAGAUCCAGACACAGCACGCAGCAUGAGGAGCUCCCUGUACCUGGUGGCGCUGUGUGCGCUGGUGGCGGCCCGCGCCGCGCCCGCGCCCGACGCGGCGCCCGACGCGGCGCCCGAGCCCGCGCCGCAGCCCGCCGCCGCCGCCGCGGCUGACGACAGACCAGAGAUCAUCGAGAUCAUCGCGCCCGCCGCCAGUGCGCAGGAGACGCUGGCGACGCUGAACCUCGGCGCGCCCGGCUCCGAGCUCAGCGAGAGGAACAAGAGGACCAUCGGCAUCCUGCGCCAGCUGUUCCCCUCUCUAACGCAGAUAAUCGAACAGAAGGUACAGCAACUAACGAGCAUGGUGCUGCAAACGUUCGGGCCCGUGGUACUGCGCCUGUUCCUCGGCAACCGGAACGGCGGCGGCAACACCGGCGGCGGCACCGUCGAACUAGACGAUGACGACGACGACGAUGACGAUGACGACGAGCCCGCCAGCAGCACCAGCAGCGCCGGCCCGAGCAGCACGAGCAGCACGAGCGCGCCGCUCACCAGCGCGCCCAGCACGCGGCGCCGGCGCGCACUGUUCUUCCUGCCGAACGCGCUGGCUGAGGAGAACCAGCUCCUGUCCGGCGCCGAGUCGCAGCAAGCCGAGGUGCGCGUCGCGUUCGGCGAAGGCCAGGCGGACCAGCAGGUGGCCGCCAGCGACGACCAGCAGACCGCUGCGCAGACCAACGCGGCCAGCAUCGACGAGAUCACACUCGACGACGCGGACAACAGCGAAGAAAACAGAAAUAAGAGGUUCCUGAGCUUCGGUGGAAGCGCGGGCGCCGGCGCGUCCGGAGGCGGCUCGGGCAACUUCCUCUUCGACAUCGUCAGGCGCGCUCCCGAGGCGAUGGCCCGCGCGGCCGGCACGGCGUUCCGUCUGUUCGCGGGCACGGACUCGCUAAACGUGGGCCUGACCGCCUCGCACACGGCCACCCUGGACCCUAACGACCCUCAACUAGUGGCGGGCUCGUCCUCGGGCUCCUCCAGCGGCGACGCCGGCGCGUCUGCCGACGGAGACGACGCCGGCGCCGCCAAGGGCGACAACCUGACCGAAGGAGUGCCCGGCCCCAUCACGAGGCUGUUCAUCAUCGCCAACCGCGGUAUCGCCAACCUCAUUCAGGACCUGAUCCUCCGGAUCGCCCAGACCUCCGAGAGGAUAGUCAACUUCAAGGCGCGACUGAUCACCUCCAUCAUUUAAUGCGCGCGCAUGUAGAUCAAUAUUUUAGUGUAGGUAGUAGUGUAGAGGCCAGCGGCAGAGGUCGCUGUGCCACAGAGUGCGCCGCGCGCGCGUGACGUCACGCCCGGGCGGCGUGACGCCACGGCGCGAGAGUGCGGCGCACGCGGGGCGGCGGCGUGGCGCGGCCCGCGGACCGCCCGGCGCCGCCGCCGUUCCUGCUCAAGCUUUUUUAUACCGCAAUAUUCUUGAUUCGUUUUUACGUUUGUAAAUAUGUAUUAUAGCGGAAUUUGUAUAAAAUAAAUAAAUAGUUAAAUUA